CUUUGAAAACUGCUCCAAUGGCAAAUACACUUCAACUCAACCACUGCAACCAAGGUAUUUUGAUGAGCAUGUACAAUGCCACAUUAUUGCCUAUUGCAACUUGGUCAAAAACACACAGAAAAAUAGCCCCCAUCUCUUCCAACAGCCCAGUAAUGGCUCUAAAUAAUAGUAAUAUUGAUUACAAAAAAGGUGUAAAGUACCUAGUUGACAAUUCAAAGAACAUGAAAAUGCUGCCUUCCCAGUUUGUUUUGCCAAUUCCAGAAGGUGAAAGGCCAUCAUUGGCCAUUGAUGGUUCCAUUCCAGUUAUAGAUUUGAGUGGCCUCAAUGGACCUGUUGAACAACGACUAUCAACUAUACAUGCCAUUAGUUCUGCAUGUGCUCUAUGGGGAUUCUUUAGGGUGACUAAUCAUGGUAUAAAGGUCUCCCUCAUGGAUGGAAUGCUUAAAGUCAUGGAAGAUUUUUUCAAUCUUCCAUUAGAAGAGAAAAUGAGAUAUGGUUCAGAUGAUGUGAUGGAUCCAGUUAGAUAUGGAACAAGUUUGACCACUACCAGAAAGCAUGCCCUUCAUUGGAGGGACUUUCUCAGGCACUAUGGUGGUCUAAUUCCACAUACCUAUCACCUUUGGCCGGAUAAUCCUCCUACCUACAGGGACGUUGCAAAAGAGUACUUAAAGGAAGUUUGGCAACUUGCGGUAAUAAUAUUUGGUGCAAUAUCAGAAGGAUUAGGGCUUGAUCCAGAUUACAUAGAGAGUUCACUUGGAAAUGAAGGAACUCAAUUGAUAAUUUCAAAUUAUUAUCCAGCAUGUCCUGAGCCAAACAAGACAUUGGGACUUGCUCCACAUUCAGAUCAUGGUGGUCUCACUAUUGUGAUGGACAAUGGCAUUCCUGGCUUGCAAAUUAAACGCAAUCAAACAUGGUACUCUGUCCCCAGUAUACCUGGCACUUUUGUUGUCAAUCUAGGAGAUUUUUUGGAGGUAUUGAGUAAUGGAAAGUACAAGAGCGUAGAGCAUCGAGCAAUAGUAAGUGCGGAGGCGGUUCGGAUCUCUAUAGCAGUGGGUCAUGGCCCAGAAAUGGACGCAAUAGUUCAGCCUGCAAGCCCACUUAUCAAAGAAAAGAGUGAAAGCAAUUAUCGGCCCAUUGUUUACAAGGACUAUAUUAGAGCCCAACAAAGCACUAUUAAGAGAGGGAAAAGUGCCUUGGAUGAGAUAAUGAACAACUAAAUUUGAAGUUACGUCAAUCCU